AUGAAGAUCACCGCUUUUCUCACUGCCAUCCUCGUUGGCGCUGCCUCGGCCGCCGACACACUCUACCUCGUAAACUCCUGGAAAGGCAAUGAGAUCUCCAGCGGAAUGGCAUACUAUGCCGACGGACAUGAUGCAACCGGCGGAACCGGAGGCUCUCGUCCCGAUGACUACGUCGAUGUCACCCACGGAAGCCACAUCAUUUGGGAAGGUCAAGCCGUAAAGGGUACCUUUGGCACUGGCGUAUCCUUCACGUCAAACAUCUUCGCGGACGCGGCUAGCAAGCAUGAUAAUGCCUGGGCUGGCACGGGCACCAACGGGUACCAUACGUAUAACUGCUGGAAGCGCACUGGGCCUGUCGGUAAGCCUGUUGUGCUGUACACCGUGGAUGGUUGGACUGUUGAGACCGUCUACUACUGCCGGCCUUUUAAUUAG